CCCAGAUUAAAAAGGUGAUAAAAACUGAACUUCCGUUUGUGUGGGUUUUCUGAAAAGUUUUUGAAAAAGUAAUCCAUCUCCCGCCAUUAACAUCAUCCUUCAAAGUUAGAGAGAGAAAGCGAGGGAAAGAAUGGAAAAUGUGAAGAAAUGGUCUGUGACGUACACGAAACAUGUGAAACAGAAGAGAAAAGUUUAUCAAGAUGGCCUUCUUCAUCUCCUUUCUAACAACAAGGUGACGCUGCAUGAUGAGUGUGAGCAGCUAUUAGACAGUAAAUUCUUGACGAAAGAUGAAGUAGUGACACCGGGGGAAUCGCUAACAUUUUCGUCAUAUUUAGUUGAUAUUGGCGAUCCUGAUAAUAAUUCUAAUCCAAUUUCCAAUUCAAAUCUGAAAUCUGAAUCUGAUAAUAAGCCUCAGGAGAAAACUCUGGCGCCACAAUUAGAGAGAACAAGAAAUACUUCCAAUAUUAGGAAGCCUAAUACAGCAGGAAGAAAGACAUCAUUGAUCAGCUUAAGUCCGUCUCAAAAAAUUAUCAGAGAGUUCAAGAAAAAUGAAGUGCUCAAGUAUGGUGCUCAGAGUCCGACAAGUCCAGCGACCCCGGCUUCUAAAGAAUGGGAGGCAUUAUAUACAAAGCAAAUUACACAGAAGGCCAAGAAGUAUCAUGAUGGCUUCAUACGCAUGAUCAUUUGUGGCUCUCAAGGGAGGCAGAUUAUUCUGUACGACUCGAGCAAAAAUCAAAUAGAUAAGAGAUUCCUGAAGAAGGAUGAAGUUAUCAGUUCUGGUGAAUCAUUGACAUUUGAUGCCCAUUUGGUUGAUAUUGGAGAUCCUAUAGGUACCAAUGAGGGUGACGCGGAUGUGAAGAUAGAAGAAAAAAACUGCAGUACUACAGAAAAGUCAAAGAUUGCUGGUCCCCAAUGGCAAAAGUUGUCCAGUGGUAACUUGGUUUCACAUGCAAAAAGAAUGAAAGAGUCUACACCAAUCACAUGCCGAAAGGAUCUUGGUUCCGGCACUACAGCUGUAAAAGGACAACCUCGAGAAGGUGUUUGUUCCAACGAAUGUGCUGAUUCUAGUGCAGGAAACUUCGGAUUUGAUAAGGUCAAACAAAACAAGAAAGUUGCUUCUCACAUGUCUUUACGUGAUGUCAAUCAAAUCUUAUCCAUCAUGAAGAAACCUAUAGCUCAGGACAACAUUUCCGCUGUUGGAGGAGAUUCUCCUGUGGAGCAAUUCAAUUCAAGAUCUUCAGAGCUGCUUCAUUUAGAUGAUGACAGUCAGACAUUUGAUGAUUCACUUCAAGCUGAUCGAUGUCAAGUGAUAAACGCAGUCGAUAAGCAUAACGUUCAGAAGGCUGUAGAUGGAGAACACAAUAGGACAUGCUCUGAAGGCAAUGGUCCCCAGUCCGAAGCCACUUAUAUUGAUUCAGCAGCUUCCCCUGUUAAUGCAGAUUACAGCAUUAAUAGCGUGGAAAGCGCAGUUUCUACGCAAAGGAUGAAGAUACUCGGUUCCAACGCAUUUGAAUCUCCUUGCAAGAGCCAAUCAAGUAUUGAUCAUGGAAAAUCAGUUGUUCUAGAAUCCUCCAAAGAAGCAAGCUUCAUAGACAGUGGUUUAUCUGUGAGCAGUGAAGCUACAAUUCACCACAAGACAUCUACAAAUUUACCAGCAAAAGACCCCCGAAGUAGAGAAAAAGCAGCUUCGACUUUUCACAUGUCUGGACCACAAGGGUUUGAUGAUAAUUUGGCUGUUAUGAAGAUGAAGAAAGCUACGAAGACUGACAAGUCGACUGCAACUUCCGACUGCCCAAGUUUCGACUUAGGAAUUUAACGCGAUAAGCUGGUCCACCAUGUCCAUAAUGUAAUUAGCAACAUAUAGGCAUAGUUGCUUAGCUAUCUACUCCAGUGAUCUUUACUUGAAUAUCUUGAGAUACUCAACGAGUUUAGCUAUUGAUGGUAGCAAAAAACUAAGUUGGAUUCCUCACUUAUAUGUCAUAUAAUCUAUGUUCCAGCAGACCACUCAAUUUUUGACUGGGGCAGUCUCAUAAGAAUGUGAGCUUUUGUGAUCA